AGCUGGUCCCAGCGGAAUGUGUAUCCCUUUGUGCCCCAGCGCCGGCGGCUGCGCCUACACCUGAUUGAGGAAGCAGGGGGACUGGGGGAGAGACAUCGGGAACAAGGGUCUCAGAGGGAGAGACGCAGAGGGCAAGGGUCUGGAACAGGGACAUAGACAGACACAGAGGGCAAGAGGCUGGAGAGAGAGAAAGAGAGUGAGUGAGUGCAGAGUUGGAACAUUGCGGUACGCGGGAGAGACUGGGACAUAGAGAGACACACACACAGAGCUGGGACUGGGAUAGAGAGAGAGAGAGAGACACACACACACACAGGGUUGGGACUGGGAUAGUGAGAGAGACACACACAGGACUGGGAUAGAGAGAGAGACACACACAGGGCUGGGACUGGGAUAGUGAGAGAGACACAGGACUGGGGUAGGGAGAGAAACACACACGGUUGGGAUAGAGAGAGAGAGACACACACACACAAAGGGCUGGGACUGGAGUAGAGAGAGACACACACACACAGGGCUGGGACUGGGAUAGAGAGAGAGACACACACAGGACUGGGAUAGAAAGAGACACACACACACAGGAAUGGGAUAGAGAAAAAGACACAUACAGAACCGGGAUAGAGAGAGACACACACAAAGGACUGGGAUGGGAAUAGUGAGAGAGACACACACAGGAGUGGGAUAAAAAGAGAGACACACACAGGACUGGGAUAGAGAGAGAGAGAGACACACACACAGGGCUGGGAUAGAGAGAGAGAGAGACACACACACAGGGCUGGGAUAGAGACACACAGAACUGGGAUAGAGAGAGAGAACGAGAGACACACACAGCUGGGACUGGGAUAGAGAGAGACACACACAAAGGACUGGGAUAGUGAGAGAGACACACAGGAGUGGAAUAGAGAGAGACACACACACAGGGCUGGGACUGAGAGAGAGAGAGAGACACACACACACAGGACUAGGAGAGAGAGAGAGAAGCACACACAGGACUGGGAUAGAGAGAGAGAGACACACACAGGACUGGGAUAGAGAGAGAGACACACACACACAGGAAUGGGAUAGAGAGAGAGAGAGAGGCACACACACAGGGCUGGGACUGGGAUAGAGAAUCAAGAGGGUUGGGGCUGAAUCUGGGAUAGAGACACAUACACACGCACAGGGCUGGUGCUGGGAUAGAGAAAGAGGCACACACAUAGGACUGGGACUGGGAUUGGGAUAGAGACACAGAGGGUUGGGGCUGGUGCUGGGAUAGAGACACAGGCAUACACAGGGCUAGUGCUGGAAUAGAGAGAGGGAGACGAGAGGCAGCGAUGGCCUGGGGUCUGAGAGCGCGGCCGCCGUUUGGUGCGAGCCCACUGUCCGUCUGUUCCCGGCCCGAUCGCAGGCACCUCCCGGCCCCAGAGUGAUCGAACCCGGCCUCCUCCUCCUCCCCAUCCUCGGACUGUCGUGGGGCCAGCAGGCAGCUAUGGUCGGGAAAUGUAGCAGGAGCUUGCUGGGGCUCCUGGUCCUCCUGCUUGGUUUGCCAGGGAGCCCGGAUCCCUGUGAUGAUGGCCGGUUUAAGCGCCAGAUGGAUUUGCCCCCAAUGGAAGAGUAUGUCUGCUCUGGACCUACUUGGUCACUUCCGGAAAGGGUAAUUCCAAGUUUGGCCAAAGUGUAUCCUGAGCAGGAAGCUGCUUGUGUGUGUAUGGGGGAGCGAAUUGAAUACAAUGAGCAAAUCCCAAACAGUGGCAUGUUUCGACCUAUCUGGGCAGCAUAUGGAGAAUACUUGUAUGUCCCUCCUCAACGCUGGGUUCACAACCUGCAGCGAGGUGGGGUAGCUUUCCUUUAUCAUCCAUGUGUACACCCCAGAUUGAAGGAGGAGCUCUCCCUACUGGCAAGAGCAUGCAAGUACCAGCACAUCAUCACUCCACAUCUCAAUCUAAGUCAGCAAUGGCCUCUGGCCUUAGUUACAUGGGGUAAAAGUUUGGAAAUGUCAACGAUUAAUGUGGCAGAAGCUGUUUCUUGGCUGAGGGAGAGUGUAAACCAAGCUCGCAGCUCUGAAAUGGAAGAGGUUGGUGCUUACAAUUACCUGUUGAUCUGGAGAGCAAAGCUGAAAUCAGCCAGCAGUGAUCAAGUUACCUGUCCUGAAAACCAAGUGAAGGAACUGCAAGACUACUUUAAGAAAAGUGAACUUCAGUCAGCCAUAAGAAAAGGGAAUAAUAAAGUUGGAGUAAAUGUGCCCAGCAAAGGACUGCACAUGAUCUUGAGGAGGAGAAGAGACUCUUCUCAUCUCAGAGAAUCUACUCAGCCCAGCAGGCUCAUAGAUGGGACUUCUUCCAGGGCAGAGAUUUCUUCGAAGAUGCACGUGGGUUCCACAAAGAACAUGUCCAUUGUGAAUCAAUCAGCCAAUCUAACGGGACAGCCCAGUGGACCAGCAGUAAUCACUGGAGACUCUGAGAAAAUCACAGGGAGCAAAAUUCCUGGGAACCAGGAAAUAGGGGAAGGGGAACAGAACAAGAGAAAUAAUUUGAUGUCCACAUUUCAGAAAGUAGAUGCAGCACCUCACUCGGAGGCACCAGGAAGUAAAGCUCACCAACAGACCUUUCCGCAUGGUGCAGCCAGGCUGUUGAAUUCAAGUGUGUUCCCUAUUGAACAGCUAAAUUCUCGUCACCAGAACCAAAUGCACAAUAUGUCAGAUUCUUCACUGGAUUCACAAGUGAAAGCUCAGAGGACUGAGAGUUCUUCACAAGAACACGUCAAAAGUGGUGCAAGUAUCACUGACAAAGCUAACCGCCAAAUUCUAGAGAACCCUGUCUCAAAGGAGCAGCAGAUGGUUAAAAUUAUUGUCAAUAGUAAUCAUGUUCCUGACAGUCGAGCUGCCAAUGAGGACACAGGUCAAAUACCUCAGAAUGGAAGCAAAGUGAGUGGGGAAAAUGCAAAACCUCUACAGCUAUUGCAGACUUCAGAAACCUCUUCCAAAAAUGACGUUGGAAUGAAGCAGAGUGAUGAACUAGACAGUGGAAAGUUUGGCAGUGACAGAAUAGUUCAAAAAGUGGAGCUGAAGGAACCAGAUAUCCCAAAGAGUAACAGGACAGCAAUCCUGAAUGCUCAGGAUGACCACAAUGAGACUGCAGCAGUGAACUCUGCGAAGGUGAACUGCAAAUGUGAAGGUGCAGCUUCCCAGAACAUCCAGCCUGCACCCGCUAGUGCAGAUUCAAAUCCUUUAAAGGCAGGGAUUCUUGAGAAAACUCAACACCAUGACGAAGAUAGGACAUUGUACAUCCCUACACCACGAACAGAGGAGGCAGCCUGGGCUGCAGCUGCCCUUGCUUUCCUCUUUGUAUUCCUUACACUGGCAGUGUUAUACACCAGGCUGUACAGAAAAUUUAUAAAGAGUGACAGUUUAUACUGGACACCAGUUCCAGGCAUUGAUGGACAAGAAACUGUAGCAGAUGUGAUAAAGAGGAGACUCAGCAGGUUUAGCAAGAGGAGGAAAAAAAGGCCACUGUACAAAAAAUCUAUUUCACCUUAUGAUGUUCUUUCAAGUGACAACAGUGACUGAUGCGACCAAAGAUAUUUUUUAAGCACUACAGUUCCAUUAGAUGAGCUAAUGUCAAUGCACAUCAGUGCAAACACUUCCCUCAAUUAUGAGGUGAAUCUGCAGCUGUGCAAAGCAGAAAUGCUGGAAAACGUGAAGAUGACAGAAAUUCUAUAUUUUACUAAAUGUUUGUGGCAUUACUUUAAUCUGUAAAUCAUGUGUUGUUAAAUUUAAUUAUUGAAGACUGUACAGAUUCUUGUUUCAUAACUCCUGUAAUAUAAAACACAAAUUUACACAGGCAUUGCCUGUAUAUUCUAAGUAUACCUGAUGGACAAAUGAUGCUGCGGUUAAUAGCAAACCUCAGAUCAGAUCCUUUCUGAACAUGCAAUGCGAAAGAUAUUCCCAUCAUUUCUUUCUGUAACUCAAUGAUGAUUUUGGGACUUUUGCUUGGAUUGAAGGUUAAAAAAAAACUUUAAAAUUAAUUUCUAAGGCAUUCUAAAAUGAAUUGCUAAGUUGCAUUACCACAUUCGGCAUAAAAAAAACAACUCAAAUUUAUUUGGUCUUCGAACUGCUAAAAUGUAACUAAACUUGCAUAAGAUAAAAAGGAUUAGAAGGAAAUGGGGCAACUGUGUAGGGAGAGUCUCAAACACCAGCAUGAUCUGGAUUUUGUGGUUAGAUAAUAUCUAAUUUUAAGAGCUGAUGAGACCCACUCUGGUCAGCUUAGUGUAGAAUCAAUUCUAUUUUACUGCUCCUCGGAUGCUGCCUGACCUGCUGUGCUUUUCCAGCACCACUCUAAUCCAGACUCUGGUUUCCAGCAUCUGCAGUCAUUGUUUUUACCUAGAAUCAAUUCCCACUUGUUUCAGUACCUGACAACCUUGAGAACACUUAUUAUAAGUAACUUGCUAGGGAACAGAGAGAUUAUUGUAGCAAAAGAUGUUUUUUAUGAUAAGGCAUAAACUACGAUUUUUUUCUGUGUGCCAGUCUUGGCAUUCAAAGAUUAAUGACUGAGCCAACUGUACUACCUGGUCAUGUGCAAAUUCUUAAAUGUGCAGAGUCUUCAAAAGCUACAAGAUUAAACACACAACCUUUUAAAUUCCUGACCGUCUUUACAAGUAAUGGAAUCAUUUUUGCCAUAAACCAUUACCUCAGCCACUUUGUGCAAAUAUCAUUAGGUUAUGAACCAAUUAUUUAGAAAGGAUUGUGAUUUCACCUCAGUACUUACGGUUGUAUCAUCGAGUUUGAUGGAGCAACUGGGUCAAACACAGUCAUCUAAAGGAAAAGAUUUAAAGUGGUAAUCAGAGAUUUGCUGCCCAGAAUUUUGUUUUAUACUCAUUUUUACCAUCUGCUAAAUGAUUUCUCCUUGUACUUAAAAACAAACACCAGAUCUCAUUUUUCUGAUAGAAAGUCUCCAGAAAAUCAGGUUUUCCAUAUCAAGCUCUGCAACUCAAGUUGGGCACGCAAGAAAAUAUCAUCACCCCAUUAAAGAAUCUCUAUCUGCAAAGUAGAUUUCUGUUUGUAAAAAUUAUUUUUUUUAUUUUAAAAGCUCCAGUGGGGGAGAGUGUAAUCUUAUGGGAUUUUAACAGGGCAGAACAACAAUACUAAUUGUUGUGCAAUCUUCUUUAGAUUUCCAAGAUGAGUGUAGCAUUUUGUGUUAGACAAACCUAAUUGAAAGUUGGAUUCACCAAGUACAUUUAAAUAUGCAGUGAUUUGACAGUUUACUACAGAGGAGCAUUAGACAAAUGUUGGUGUGUGUCAGACAUGAUUCAUUUUCAGCCAAACCCUUGUAUGCCUCUUGUCUGACAAGUAUAAAUAAUACAAAUCUAAGGACAAUGAAGGGUUGGAAACACUUCCUGCAGUUAUACACACGUUUGUCAGAAGCAAAAGUCAAUUAUUGCUGUAAAUAUAAAUGAAUAGCAGAGUGGUUAAUCAUUCAUGUGUGUAAAAAUUUCCAAUUAUUGGGAAGUCUUACGUAAACUAUGGUACUUUGGGAGCAAUGUGUGUAAAGUUCAUAGGAUUUAUUGUCAGAUAAUAUGGACACAUCAAACCAUGUUUCUUAGUGAUCUAAAAGUCUCAGAUGAAAUGUUUUCAAA